CACGACCACGACCACGACCACCACCACCACCACCACGAUCAUCACUCUUCACCUAUUCUCAGCAUCCAUCCCUCUCGUUCCCUCCAAUGGUCUCGGCCAAGUCAAUCCCGCACGUAGCAUUCCUCGCCUUCCCUUUCGGCACGCAUGCCUCCCCUCUCUUCUCCCUCGCACGCGCUCUCGCUGCCGAUGACCCAUCCACAGCCUUCACCUUCUUCAACUCCGCCCGGUCCAACUCCAGCCUUCUCCAAUCCCUUCCUUCUGGGCUACCCCCAAAUCUACGGACCUUUGAUGUGCCCGAUAACGUGCCGGAGGGCGCUUGGCUCCCGCCGGAGGAGGUGCGGCUUUUCUUGGAGGUCACGCCGGAGAACUUUUUGGAGACGAUGGCGGCGGCUGAGAGGGAGUUUGGGAGGGUGACUUGUGUGGUUGGUGAUGCGUUCUUCUGGUUUGCUGGUGACGUGGCGGCGGAGAGAGGGGCAUCGUGGGUGGCGCUUUGGACUGGUGGGCCAUGUAGCCUCGCUGCACAUCUGUACACUGAUUUGCUACGUGACACGUUCGGAGUCGAGGAUCAAGCUCUAGCUCGAGCUAAUGACCUUCUAGACAUCAUCCCCGGUCUUCAAUCCUUGCGGGUAGGAGAUUUACCGGAAGGAGUUGUGUUUGGCAACAUAAAAUCUGCUUUUGCCGAUCUUCUUCACCAAAUGGGUCAAAAACUCCCACAUGCUACUUGUGUUGUAAUAAACACUCCCGAUGGCCUGAACCCUGAACUUGACUUAGAUUUUCAAGCCAAGUUCAAGAAAUGCCUCAAUGUGGGACCUUUAAGCCAUUUGUUUCCACAACCACUUGAUCCUGAAAAGCAUGGUUGUUUGGCAUGGCUUGACACUCAAAUUGAAGCUUCGGUGGUUUACAUUAGCUUUGGAACAGUGAUCAUGCCUUCAUCUCAAGACUUAAUAGAGAUGGCUGCAGGGUUAGAAGCUAGUGGUGUUCCAUUUCUUUGGUCAUUAAAAGAUAUGGCGAGGAAGCACUUGCCAGAAGGUUUCUUGGAUCGUGUAGCGGGAAGGGGACUUGUAGUUCCAUGGGCUCCACAAACGCAGGUGUUGGGACACUUAGCCGUAGGAGCAUUCUUGACACAUUGUGGAUGGAACUCUAUCUUGGAGAGCAUCUCAAGUGGUGUGCCGUUGAUAUGUAGACCAUUCUUUGGGGAUCAAUGCUUAAAUGCAAAAACAGUAUCAUGCGUAUGGAAAAUUGGUGUCGCUUUUGAAAGUAGAGCAAUAGAAAAAGAAGACAUGGUAAGAGUUCUCAAUGUUGUCCUAAAGACCGAAGAAGGAAAGAAGAUGAGAGAAAAGGCUGACAAACUCAAGACAACAGCACUGCAGGCCACAAAGCCUGGGGGAAACUCAAUCAAGAACUUCGAUACACUGGUGAAGAUGAUUGUUGGUAAUCAUGGUUCAUGAGAUUUGUUGACUCAUGUUUGGUAUUUUUAGUACAAUAAGAAAGUCUAUGUCUAGCAUCAAAAUAUGAUUUGAUGCAUCUAUUAGUGUCUAUUUGGUAUUAUUAUAUAUUAGUAGCAAAUAAAGUGUUUUUUAUGUUAUUAAAAAAUAUUUUAUGUUUAGUUUAUAUAAGCAUGAUCGUUCAAUGGUGUAUUUGAUAUAUGUCUAGUGUUAUAAUAUUUGAGG